GUGAAAACACUACUAGGGUGUAAUUCGGGUAGCCUAUAAAUAUAGGCCAGAGCCCCUCUCUGUUUUUCUUUAACUUUACUAAAUGCCAAGAAAAACGAUAGUCAGUGAGAAGAAAUGGUUAAGAAAGUUGUGGUACUGGUUGCCUUCUUUUUACAUCUUUGUUCCAAGCUAUUUGUUAGAGGUGGCGCUGCAGGCUCUCCGGUGAAGUUUCUGCCUGGGUUCGACGGCCCGCUGCCCUUCGAGCUUGAAACCGGGUAUUUGGGCGUAGGAGAUUAUGAAGACGUGCAACUCUUCUACUACUUCAUCAAAUCUGAGUCUAAUCCCAAGACUGAUCCCCUCUUACUUUGGCUUACUGGAGGACCUGGUUGCUCUGCCCUCUCUGGCCUUCUAUUUGAGAUCGGACCUCUUACGAUGGCCCAUACCAAUUAUGAUGGAAACUUGCCAACAUUGCAAUUACAACCUAACUCAUGGACAAAGGUGGCAAAUAUUAUUUUCUUGGACUUGCCGGUGGGCACAGGAUUCUCUUAUGCAAAAACGAUAGCAGCUCAUCAAUCAAAUACAACUCAAGCUUGCAAACAAGCUUAUGAAUUUCUUCAUAAGCGGGCGCAUUUGUUCCUAUCAUUACUCAAAUCAUAUUGGAUGGGAAUGACAAGGGAAUCAACUCCAAAAUCAAUAUCAAGGUUUGCAGCAUUGCGCAACAAAAAUACAUACACACUCUAGCUUUUUCUCAUGCACACACAUAUUCACAUAUAGUCAUAUAGAUGCAUCAAUAAGAACGAUGAUUAACGUGAUUGUCUGAACGACAGUUCAAGUCAAUCCCGACUUAUCAGAAUAUUACUCUAUAUAUAUAUAUUGGAGAACGUUAUAAUGAUAAUCACUUUUAAAAUGGAAACUCAUUUAUAAAUGAAAAUAUUUAAUCUCCACUUUUUAUAUUUUGAGUCAGAGGUUUGGAAUGAAUAAAGUUAUACAAACUAAAACCUAGGAAAAGGUAUAGAAGUAAAAACAUGUAUUGGAUUAUCGAAAAACCACAGGGAUAUGUACUUGGGAAUCCAUAUGUGGUUCCGGAUUAUGACAACUACAAAAUCCCUUUUGCGCAUGGAAUGGGACUCAUUUCGGAUGAACUUUUCGAGGUAAAAUUUUAUAUGCAAAAAGAAUUCAAGGAAUUAAACCCACUCUCGAAUCUAAAUGCCAGAACUAAUCUGUCUUAUUAACAUAGUCUUGGAAGAAGAAUUGUAAAGGGGAAUCAUAUGCCAAUAUAAAGCCAGAAAACAUCAAGUGUUAUAACGACGUUCAAGCUUUCAAACAGGUGACCGGGAAAAUUAAUGAAGCUCAUAUUUUAGAGCCCCUCUGUAGUGGACGUUCAUUGAGGUCCCAAAAGGGGUUUGCCCACAAAAGUAUUCUUCUUGAGAAGUCUAAUGACCUCAUCAGCACUGGUCCAUUUCUUUCAAUAAUGAAAUGCCGGGUGUGCCAAAUUUCAUUCAGAUGCUUAUGUCUUGUCGGAAAAUUGGGCGAAUGAUGAGAGCGUCCGAGAGGCACUCAAUGUAAAAAAGGGGUCUAUUGGAGAGUGGAAACGUUGCAGCAGUGAUUUAGAUUAUAUUGCAACAACGGUUGAUAUAACUCCAUAUCAUCUAAAUCUCAGCGCCAGAGGCUUCAGAUCACUCAUUUACAGUGGGGAUCACGACUUUCAUUUAACCUACAUUUCGACACAAGCAUGGAUACGCUCUCUAAACUAUUCCAUUAUUGAUGAGUGGCGGCCAUGGAUGGUUGAAGACCAAGUUGCAGGGUUUGCACGGACAUACUCAAACAAGAUGACAUUUGCAACAGUGAAAGGUGCAGGUCACACAGCUCCUGAGUACAAACCCAAAGAAUGUCAAACAAUGAUGCUAAGAUGGAUUUCUAAUAAACCACUAUGAUAAAUCUAUUAUUAUAUAAUCAAUGUAAGAAACACAUUUGAAAUGUUUCAAAUUCAGACACUUUCGUGCCAACCCUUUUUGGAAUGUAUAGUAAAAAGAGUUCUCUUUAAGUUCGAUAUAAAUAAAUCAUUCUGAUUUUUCUUGUUUCCAUUCUAAUGUAUAGUAUUACAAUUUGCAAUGGCUAAAUAAAAGAUAAGUCAUUUCUG